AUGUGGAGGACGUCGGUGGUAGUCCUCGUCUCGCUGGUUCUUCUUCCCUCUACGUUGGCAGCAGAUAUCUUGAAGACCAGCGGGUUCUCGAACUGCAACAACGGAACAUCCACCAUCAAAGUCAACAACGUUGACAUUUCCUUCGACCGAGCGACGAAUGAAAUCCAAUUCGAUGUUUCAGGCACCAGCACAAAGUCUCAGAAUGUCACCGCGGAACUAGUUGUGACGGCUUAUGGUGUCCAAAUAUAUAAAAAGGACUUUGAUCCUUGUGAUGACUCUACCAAAGUCGACCAGCUAUGUCCUGUCCCCGCAGGGACAUUCGGUGCCAAUGGGACCCAGGAAAUCCCUUCAGAAUAUACAUCCCUCAUUCCGUCGAUUGCAUACUCGCUUCCCGAUCUCGACGGUUCCGCUCAAAUGAUUCUCAAGGCGAAAGAUGGACAAGAGUUGGCGUGUAUCCGUUCUGGGGUUACUAAUGGCAAGACUGUCGAGGUGCCCGCUGUUUCAUACGUAGCUGCUGCUGUCGCUGCUGCUGCUCUAGCCGUAUCCUUGAUUGGUGCCGCUGCUACCGGGGCUCAUCCUGGAUCAAGCUCAUCAAGCCCCGGCUUUUCUGAAGUCAUAUGGUGGUUUCAAGGCAUGGCAAUGAACGGCAUGCACUCGGUACCAUAUCCUGCCAUCUACCGGAGUUUCUCCAAGAAUUUCGGAUUCAGCACCGGUCUUGUCUCCUGGGCUGGACUGCAAAAGUCCAUCGACAGCUUCCGAUCGCACACUGGAGGAAACUUGACGGACGCCAGCUACGAAUACCUCCGGAACUCCACCUUGGUCUUCUCUGACGGCUCGACGGCUCAGACCACGACCGGAAUCGCUAAACGCGCAGCUUCGUUAUUACUACGUGAUAUCGACACCUCAAUUAAUGGGACAAGCUCCGACUCCAGCGAUGACAACUCCCAGGAAUCUCACUUGGUGCAAGGCAUCCAGGCUUAUGUCGAGCAGCUGACCAUUCCAGAAACAAAUACGUUCAUGACGGUCCUCCUGAUUUUCGCCAUAGUCGUUGCCGCGAUCGUGGUCGGCAUCCUCUUGUUCAAAGUCAUCCUCGAGGCAUGGUCGCUUUUCGGCCAGUUCCCCAAAUCCUUGACCACCUUCCGCAAGGAAUACUGGCGUAUCAUGGCACAGACAAUCACAUCUCUUAUCAUGUUGCUCUACGGUGUCUGGACACUAUAUUGCGUCUUUCAAUUCACCCACGGAGAUUCAUGGGCAGCCAAGGUACUCGCCGGGGUCACACUAGGCUCAUUCACUGCCAUCUUGCUCUUUUAUACCUGGAGGAUUUGGAGUGUGGUGCGAAAAUUGAAGAAGUUGGAAGGCGACGCCAGUGCUCUGUACGAGAACAAGGAGACUUGGAAAAAGUACAAGAUCUUCUACGAAAACUACAAGCGCCAAUAUUGGUGGCUCUUUAUCCCUGCUAUCGUUUACAUGUUUGCGAAGGGUUGUGUUCUGGCCGCUGGUACUGGGCACGGACUGGUUCAGACCAUUGGCCAGUUGAUCAUCGAGGCUUUGAUGCUGAUUCUUCUUCUGUGGAGCCGACCAUACAACCGAAAAUCUGGCAACUGGAUCAACAUUAUCAUCCAGGUCGUCCGCGUCUUGUCGGUGAUCUGCAUCUUGGUUUUUGUGGAGGAGCUCGGCAUCGCCCAAACAACCAAGACAAUCACCGGCGUCGUCUUGAUCGCGGUUCAAUCGGGGUUGACCGCCAUCCUUGCUUUGCUGAUUGUCAUCAACAGCAUCAUCACCUGCUGCAAGGAGAAUCCUCAUCGCAAGCGCCGUAAGGCUGCGGAGAAGAACCUGUCCAGGGACUUGGAAGGCGAUGCGUUUCUGAUGCAACCAACUCCUUACAAAACCUCCCCCCCUCGGCGCGGUCGGCUAAGGUCCGAUUCUGCGCCUAGUUACGAACCCGUUCGAGCUCAAGCUCUAGCACGGUCUGGUCCCCGAUUCCACAACGACAGCCAGGAAGAAAUCUUGGUCAAGGGGGCCGCAGGCAUGGGUCAUUCGGGCUACCGGAGCGUGAGUCAAGAUAGGAGUGAGGCGGAUGGUAGUCCACCUCCUCUUAUGCGUGAACCGCGGUUGCCUGAUCUUGGAUUUGAGCAAUAUCGCCACAAAUAG